CUCUGCCACCUAAGCAACUCGCCUCUCGUCCCCUCGUCCUCUUCCUCCUUCCACCCAUCUCACAAACUUCUCUUCUCUCCUCCAAAACAACAGCCAGCCGGGGUCCAUUAAUCAAAUCAAUCCACAGAUUGGUCCGAGAUGGCGGCGUGCCGGGGGUUCUUCGAGUGCCUGCUCAGGCUGCUCAACUUCGUCCUCACCGUCGCGGGCCUCGCCAUGGUCGGCUACGGGGUCUACCUGCUGGUGGAGUGGAUGAAGAUCUCCGGCGGCGGCGGCGGCGGCGCACCGCCCUCUCCGGCCCCGCCGGCGGAGUUGCUGCUGUUCGGCCGCCCGAUGCUCACGGCCGUUGCCCUCGGCGAUGGCGGUAGCAUCUUCGACAAGCUACCCAGAGCAUGGUUCAUCUAUUUGUUCAUUGGUGUUGGUGCCGUUGUCUUCCUCGUCUCUCUGUUUGGCUGCAUCGGAACAGGGACAAGGAAUACUUGUUGCUUGUGUUUCUAUUCUUUCUUGGUCCUAUUGCUGAUCCUUGUUGAAGCUGGAGCUGCUGCAUUCAUAUUCUUCGACCAUAGCUGGAAAGAUGUAAUUCCAGUGGAUAAGACACAAAACUUUGAUGAAAUGUAUGACUUUCUCAAAGAUAACUGGGAGAUUGCAAGAUGGGUUGCUCUUGGUGUUGUUGUUUUUGAGGUAUUGCUUUUCUUGUUAGCUCUGAUUGUCAGGGCAAUGAACAAACCUGCUGAGUAUGACAGUGAUGAUGAAAUCAUUGGAAAUGCCCGAAACAGUAGCAUCCGUCAGCCUCUUGUCCAUUCCCAGAAUCCUCCGGCUAAUGGCGUUCCUGUCCCAACGCUUGAUCAACGCGCGAGCAGAAACGAUGCAUGGAGCCAAAGGAUGCGAGAGAAGUAUGGUCUGGACACGAACCAGUUUACAUACAACCCAUCAGAUGGAACCAGAUAUCAGCAAAAUGGGGCACCAGCAGCUGAAGAAAGGAGCCGUUGCACCAUAAUGUGAAAAAUCUUUCGCAAUGUUGUCCAAGUCGAUGGUUCUUCUUGAACAAUCUAUCUCAUCUUGCACAGUUUGGUUGUACCAUGUUCAGAGUGGUGUAUGGAGUAGAGGUAUUGUACCUUAGUGAUUAUCUUACCCGCCGUCUUCAGAUCAAAUCCUCCAUGCACCUGUAAUUUCCUUGUGAAUGAGGACUGCCCAGCAACUUGUCAUUAUAUUCCGAGCUUAUCGGAGGUUCCUUUUGUUUGCAUUAUAUUUUUCCUUGAUAGGCCUUUAAAAUUGUAUUAUGAACGUGGAGCAUUUAUGUUAAUUUUGACAUUGUAAUCA